GCUUCUCCCCGCCCAGGUCUGGCGAACGGCCCCGCAGCACGCUGGGGGUCUCGGUUUCCGGCGCUGCAGGCCGCGCACGCGUACUGCAGUGGGUCGCCAUCGCCUCUCGGUGUUCGAGACUGCGGGAGCCCGCGGGGCAACGCUGCGCAGCAGCUUUAACAUUUCAUGCCCAGAAUACAACCCUUGAUACCUGCUUGACCCAUUCUUCUGUCUCCUGAAGCCUGUGGGCUGGACUCCAGGACCCCAAGGCAGCCAGGUCAUUCUGCAUCAGGUCCCCAUACCUCUUCCGUGGUCGCAGCAGGACAGGUGGAGGAGGAGACAGGUCUCACGCAGUUGACUGAGGGCUGCUGGGCCACCCUAAAAGAAGCAGAGAGUUCUGUGUUCAGAGCCUGGUGAAACAAAAUGUGGAUAUGUUGUCUUACUGGAGCUGACAUUACACCCCAUAUCAAAAGAUGCUCCAGGAGAAUCAAAGGAGAAGAUGGGUAAAGAAGAGUCUAGAGUGGAAGAUGGCAGAUCAACUUGGAGGCCAGCUGAAAGGAAGCUGUGUAGAAAGAUGUCAGGGUGUGUGUAGGGCUCUGGCUGCCUUGCUAUACAGGACAGAGGUCCUGGUAUUGCUGACCUUUCUUGGGUCCUUGUUAUCCUAACCGUCUCUGCUGAGUUCUUGGCUAGACACAGUUGCAUUUUUGUGGAGGCCUGGGAAGAUGUUGCCUUUGGAGAGGGCACUGGCCUCCCCAAGAAGCUCCCCACCUCACCCAGAACCACCUACUGUGCGGCCAGAAGUUAGAUCCCAACAGGAAGUGCCCAGUCAGCAGGAGGAACCCAACCAGGGGGAAGUAGUCAUUAAGCAACAAGAACCUAGCCAGCAGGAGGGACCCAGGAGGCAGGAUGAACCCAUCCAGGAAGAAGAACCCAUCCAGGUGCUGGAAUCUAGUCAGAGAGAUGAGCCCAACCAGGGAGAAGAAUCCAGUCAGCAGGAUAAUCCUCUCAAUCAGAGGGAAGAACUCAGUGAACAACAAGAACCCAGCCAGCGGGAUGAUCCUAGUCAGGAGGAAGAACCUAGCCAGUGGGAAGAACCUGGCCAGAAGGAUGUACCUAUGCAACAAGAAGAACCUAUGCAGCAGGAUGAGCCUCACCAGUGGGAAGAACCCAUGCAGCAGGAGGAGCCCAUGCAGGAGGAGGAGCUCAUGCAGCAGGAGGAGCCCAUGCAGCAGGACAAAACCAUCCAACAAGAGCCAGUUCAGCAGGAUAAGUCCACCACACAGGAAGAACUCAUCCAGCAGGAGGAACUCAUCCAGCAGGAGGAAUUUAUUCAGCAGGAGGAACCUAUCCAACAGGAAGCCUUCAUUCAGUACGAAGAACCCAUUCAAGAUGCUUCCAUCCAACAGGAACUCAUCCACCAGGAGGAGUCCACUCAGCAGGAUAAGUCCAUCCAAAAGGAAGAAUUUAUUCAGCUAGAGAAGCCCAUCCAGCAGGUAGGGUUCAGCAAACAGGAGGAACCCAGCCAACAGAAAGAGCCUAGCCAGAAGGAUCAACCCAACCAACAGGGAGAACCCAGCCAGCAGGAAGAACCCAGCCAGCAGGAAGAACCCAGCCAAGAGGAAGAACCCAGCCAACAGGAAGAACCCAGCCAAAAGGAAGAGUCCAGCCAAGAGGAAGAACCCAGCCAACAGGAAGAACCCAGCCAGCAGGAAGAACCCAGCCAGCAGGAAGAACCCAGCCAGCAGGAAGAACCCAGCCAGCAGGAAGAACCCAGCCAACAGGAAGAACCUAACCAGCCGGAAGAACCCAGCCAACAGGAAGAACCCAGCCAACAAGAAGAACCCAGCCAACAGGAAGAACCCAGCCAACAGAAAGAACUCAGCCAACAGGAAGAACUUAACCAGCCGGAAGAACCCAGCCAACAGGAAGAAACUAACCAGCUGGAAGAACCCAGGCAACAGAAAGAACCUAACCAGCUGGAAGAACCCAGGCAACAGAAAGAACCUAACCAGCUGGAAGAACCCAGGCAACAGAAAGAACCUAACCAGCCAGAAGAAUCCAGGCAACAGGAAGAACCUAACCAGCUGGAAGAACCCAGGCAACAGAAAGAACCUAACCAGCCGGAAGAAUCCAGGCAACAGGAAGAACCUAACCAGCUGGAAGAACCCAGGCAACAGGAAGAACUCAGCCAACAGGAAGAACCUAACCAGCCGGAAGAACCCAGGCAACAGGAAGAGCCUAGUCAAAAGGAUCAACCUAACCAACAGGAGGAAUCCAGCCAACAGGAAAAGCCUACCCAGCAGAAGGAAACAGAAACCAGCACUGAAAGAUCUGCUGCUGACCUGGAGUUUUCCCGCCUACGCUUUCGGGAGUUUGUCUACCAGGAGGCAGCUGGACCUCACCAGACUCUGGCCCAGCUUCAUGAGCUAUGCCGCCAGUGGCUGCGGCCCGAGGCCUGCUCCAAAGAGCAGAUCGUGGAGCUGCUGGUUCUGGAGCAGUUUCUGGGCAUCUUGCCAGACAGGGUUCGUCCCUGGGUGGUAGCCCAGUAUCCUGAGAACUGCGAGAAGGCUGCCUCCCUGGUGGAGGGUCUCUCUGACAUCCUGGAGGAGCCAGGAAUGAUGUUGUGUUCCCCAGGUGGGCCAUCAUCUUCAUUCAGCGAGGGAGACUAUAAGAGGUGUCCUGAGUCCCUGCUGCUACCACGUGGGUUGUUGGGUCCCAGCAGAGACCUAAGACCUAGGGACAUCCUUGUACGCCGUGAUACGUCUCCUCUUCUUCCAGCCUGGCCUACUCUGGAAUCUGUACAUCUGGAUGAAAAACAUUUAGAGGGAGAAAAGAAUGAAGAGGCCAACUCUGUCACAGCUGAGCCAAAGGAGUCUCUACAGUCAGAAUGGGACAACCUGGACCCCACAGAAGAUAACCUGACCAGUUACAGCAAGCUGCUCCUGUUGGGGUGUCAGUUUUUCCAGGCUGGUCCAUCCUCCACGCUGGAGACAGAACCAGAGGAAUGUUGUGUGGCAGAAGAACUACCAGGAGGCAGCCUCCCAGACAGUACGGGGCAGCAGGAAAGCAAAGGAAAUAUGUGUGAGGAAGUCUCCAUGGGGGAGACACUGAUGGAGAGGCUUUCAGGGGAUGUUCCUGUUAGUCCUUCGAUAGACACUGCCCAGGAGGAACAGCAACCUCAGAAGGCUCUGGAUGCUGAGGAUGAGGAUUCAAGUCCUGCCAGUCCCCAGAGGCAAUCAGUCAUCCAGCAGUCAGCCCAGGACAAGGCUACACCACAUAAAGGCACUGGGACAAAGAGGCCUCAUCCAGAUGACGAGGACGAAGAGGACCCUGAGUGUCCGUCCAGCACCAGCAGCUACAAGCUGCCAUUUGAUGCAGGGAAGGGGCUCCAUGUGGGUGGCCGUGAUUCUGGGCAGGACCCAGGAACUUCUGCUGUGCGAUGCCCUGCAGUUGAUGAGUUUCAUGCAUCCCAAGGGAACCCCUAUACAUGUAGUGAAUGUGGCAAGGCCUUUGCAUGGAUCUCGAACCUUAUAGAGCAUCAUAAGAGCCACAGCACUGAGACAUGCUAUGCAAGCCAGGACUGCUAGGACCCCUUCCAGUUCAGCAUGGCUGUGGUCAAGCACCAGAAGAGUCACAUACAAAAAAAGAAAAGCCACGCUCAGUGCCCAUCUCUGCCACAAGCAAAGCCACUGGUGAGAGGAUUGACAGCUCCUAGUGUGUGGGUAGUUUUCCCUGUACAACCUGAGGUGUCAGAUGAGGAACUCUGCUAUGAGUAUCCCAUGACAUGACAGUUGUAUGUAGCAUGAGUGUUCUUAAGGCGCAUGUGUGGUGGUGGCUUCCUGUGGUAUCUAUGGGCACAUCUGUGUUACUUUCUGGAUGCUCAUGUACUGAAAGCAACUGGAAAUGGGUAUGGCCCACAGGAAGCCCUCAUCUUAGAAACAUACUUUGGGCUAAUGUCCUAUCCUGUAAGCCAUCAGAUAUGAGGGAAAACUCCAUUUCUGCAGUGUUUUAAUACCACACAUACUCUGGUCAUUUGACAUUGUACAACGUGUUACGUUGCCUUAAAGUAUGUGGUGUUUUCUUGAGCAUUCCUUGCCUCAGUUGCUUCUCCUUGAGCUCCCUGUCUGUUCACACAUCUAUUUGGCCUUUUUGUAAAUAUGUAAUGUCAGGUUUACUUCUGAAUCCUCAAGAGUAAAAAUUGUUCCUGAGUUCAAGUUACAUGUAUUUUAAUAUAUGGAGUUGCUUGCAAAGAUCACAAAAACUUUUUGGAUUGUGUGUUUCAGCCCAUUAGUGAAAUUGUGAAAUCCAGUUGGUGGAUGGCCACUGGCAUUACAAUGAAGUAGAAUAAAGUAGGUCAGAAUGCAUCAUGCAGCAAAGGCAAGUAUUGUUUUGUGAAACUUCUCAGCUGUGUAUCUAAUAUGAGAGCUGGCUACCAUGUUAAAUGUAUUUAUUAGGGGUAUGAUCAAAAGAGGUUUAAAAAUACUACAAAGGCUGAAGAAAUGAUCUGUAUCUGAACUAAGAACCAAAUGUGGCCUACAUAGGUGAUCUUGAGGUUUUGCUUUAACUUCAGUUUACAGCAUUGUUUCUGUUGCCUUACCAUAAAUUUAAUUGCCAUGUAGAUACAGAAAGGUGUCUCUGUCAGUGUUUGAGGAGGCAAUUUGUGUAACCCCCAAACCAGAGGCUUACCAUAAUAAAGUAUU